AUGGAUACCAUCAUCCUGUCGACCCUGCCCACACUGACGACGGAUGCGGCUGGCAGCAGCAGCUUUUGGCUAACCGGAGCCCUUUCCCUCUCCGAGAUUCUGGCCAACUCGAGCGACGGCAGCACGGCCAGCACAGCCACGACGGCUGGGACCACCUCGACGGCCUCCACGGCGGUGAAUGUGGGUAAAGACCACGACAAGCACGUGAAUGACAGCGUCUCCACGGCACUGAGUAAUUACAGUUCAUAUCCUGGCUACAUCCACUACCGUGACAAAUACGAUCUGAGCUACAUAGCGAAGGUGAAUCCUUUUUGGCUGCAAUUCGAGCCACCGCGUUCGAGCACUUUUCUGGUCAUGGCUGCCUUGUACUGCCUCAUCUCGGUGGUGGGAUGCGUGGGCAAUGCAUUCGUCAUCUUCAUGUUCGCCAAUCGCAAAUCGCUGCGAACUCCGGCCAAUAUUCUGGUGAUGAACCUGGCCAUCUGUGACUUUCUGAUGCUCAUCAAAUGUCCGAUUGCCAUAUACAACAACAUCAAGGAGGGACCGGCCCUGGGAGAUGCAGCCUGCCGCCUGUACGGAUUUGUUGGCGGUCUGAGUGGCACCUGCGCCAUUGGAACACUCACCGCCAUCGCUUUGGACCGGUACAAUGUGGUGGUGCAUCCACUGCAACCUCUGAGACGCUGCUCCCGCCUGCGCUCCUACCUGAUUAUCCUGCUGAUCUGGUGCUACAGCUUCCUGUUCGCCGUGAUGCCGGCUCUGGACAUCGGUCUGUCGGUUUAUGUGCCCGAAGGUUUCCUAACUACCUGCAGCUUUGACUACUUGAACAAGGAGACGCCGGCCCGCAUCUUUAUGGCGUUGUUUUUCGUAGCAGCUUACGCCAUCCCACUGACCACCAGUUACUCCUACUUCUACAUCCUGAAGGUGGUCUUCACGGCCAGCCGAAUUCAGUCGAACAAGGAUAAGGCCAAGACGGAGCAGAAGCUGGCCUUCAUUGUGGCCGCCAUUAUAGGAUUGUGGUUCCUUGCGUGGUCGCCCUACGCUAUUGUUGCUAUGAUGGGUGUCUUUGGCCUGGAGCGGCACAUAACCCUGGGAUCUAUGAUACCGGCACUCUUUUGCAAGACGGCUGCCUGCGUGGACCCGUACCUGUACGCAGCUACUCAUCCUCGGUUUCGUGUAGAAGUGCGAAUGCUUUUCUAUGGUCGCGGCAUCCUCAGAAGAGUUUCCACCACCAGAUCAUCAUACAUGACCCGAUCGAGGUCUUCCUUCACCCACAGGCUACGCACUUCGACCACGGGUGGUGCCGCAGGUGAGGGUGAUCAUCGCAUGGAGACCUACUUGAUGAACAACAACCUGAUGAUGGUGCCCGAGGAGACGGAGGAGAACGAGGAGAUCGUUGUGGUGGCCGAGAUCAACAAUUCGGUGAGCAGUGUCAUGGAGCAGAGUAAGUUUUGAAGAGGCUGCUGAAAAACAAGGAGACCUUUAAUUACUUUUAGGAACUAAAAAUCCCAUAGAGUGGACCGGAGCUAGGGUUACAUUUAUGUAUUCCUUUACAUUUUAUUUAUUUGUAAUAAUUGCCCAUCAUUUUGCU